AUGUAUCUGUCUCCCAGCGAUGUCAGAAUGAAGUCCACAGAGUCAGAAAAAGAGCCUCCCCAGGCUGAGUGGGACAUCGAAGAACGGGAGCCUGAGAAGAAACUUGGGUAUAUGGAACCUUUGUUCUCAAUGCUCUACAAGGACGGAAUGUCUUCAACCAUCAAGUCGCGCCUUUCGAACUCGUAUCUUAUUGGCGAAAUUUUUGGCAUGGUCUUUUUUGGUGUUUUGAUUGAUCGCAUAGGGCGCCGGACGGGUAUUGUCGCUGCGACGGCCUUCCUGGUGAUUGGAGUGUCACUGGCAACUGCCGCUCACGGAAAUUCCCAGCUAGGCAUGUUUUGGAUGAUGAUCGUGGCAAGAGGAAUCGCUGGAUUCGGCGCGGGGGGAGAGUAUCCUGUCUGUGCCACCAGUGCCACAGAAGCUGCGGACGAGACAGCACAGCUACGAAAGCGACGUGGGUUCUUGGUUGCGGUGACGACUGACUUUGCCGUGGAUCUGGGCUUUGUCGCUGCUGGUUUAGUGGCACUGAUUGUACUUGCUUGUUAUAACCAACGAGGUUCAGAGGGGGUUUGGCGAGUCACGUUUGGGCUGGGUAUAGUGGCAAGUCUUCAAUUCUCGAUCGAAUCCACAAUUUGGCUCCCGCUGUCAAUAUGUUUCUUUCGGAUUCGAAUGAUCAACUCCACUCAAUAUCGAAAGCAUGCCAUCAAAUUAAACUAUCCAUAUUGGUUAGUUCUCCGCCGUUAUUGGAAACCAAUGCUUGGGACAUCAUUGGCUUGGUUCUGCUAUGACUUUGUCACAUACCCAUUUGGCCUGUUUUCUUCCACGAUCAUUGCGCAGCUCAACCCCAACAACUCAACAGUUCAAAAUAUUGGGUAUGGGACAGUGAUCAACUGCUUUUAUCUUCCAGGCUGCUUGCUUGGGGGUCUUCUCAUGGAUCGGAUCGGUCGGAAGCAGACCAUGACCCUCGGUUUCAUACUCUGGGCCGUAUGGGGCUUCAUUUUGGGAGGUGCACUGCAGCCAAUUCAACAAGUCUUCCCACUUUUCAUAAUCAUGUACGGUGUUUUUCAAGCACUUGGCGAGAUGGGACCUGGUGUCUCGACGUUCCUCUGCGCUUCCGAGUCGAUUCCCACCCCGUUGCGGGGACAUUUCCUGGGAUUGGCAGCUGCGGUUGGGAAAGCCGGUGCGUCCAUUGGGACCGAAGUCUUCACCCCUAUUCAAGACUCCUUUGAUUCAACCGUCCAGGGGCAGCAAGCCGUUUUUUUGAUAGGCGCAGCAUUCACAGUGGUUGGUGGUCUCAUUGCCUGGUUUCUCAUUCCUGAUAUGUCUCGAGAACUGGAGUCAGAAGACGCCAAAUUCAAAACAUACUUGGCAGAGAAUGGCUAUGAUGUGAGCAUGUACGGGGAGGCAUUGGUCAUCAACCCGCGUACCUCGAGCUGA